GCAAUCCCACGUUGUUAUUCCGGUUGAACUCCCCACUUCCAAAGCGUACGGUGAUUCUUUCUUCUAUUCUUCUCUAACGCCGAUUCUUGGCAAAUGUGAAGCCAAAGCAAUCAGAAGUUCCAACGCUUGCGAAACGGGUAGCGUGCUGGUGAGCUUUCUCAUUUAUAUUGGCUUGCUUUGGUGGUGAUUGACGGGAAGGUCACACGAGGUCGUGUGAAUGGACUUUUGUACGGACGUUUACGUGUAAAUGGUGCUCUUCCGCCGGAGUGUAUAUAUCUCCAGGGUGAGCACAGCAUACCAUCCAAAGCACAACUAUCAAGUUCAGUUGCUGCCUGCACAUCUGCACUCCCUGAAGUCCAGUAUAAUCAUCCUUGGAAGGAGAACAAAGUGCUUCAAAACUUCAGGCGCAUCGAGGAUUCAUAUGCAACUUUACAAUUUCAGCGGAAAUCCGGAGUCACCUUUCAGUUUUGUUCGUCAACCUGCACAAUUCGACGCAAAAGAAGCGCAUCUGUUGGAUUGUGACAAGCUAUCAUGGUUCUAGGUACACUUUUGGUUGCUGGGAUCGGCUAUAAGGCGUACGUCGUUUAUAAUAGAAGGAAGGAGAGGACAGCAAAGAAGAACGAUCCAGAACUGAUCUUUCACGCAAACGAUCAGCAAGAGGCGAACAUCGCUUCUAAUAUUAAGAAGAAGAAGAAAGCAAAGAAGAACGAUCCAGUACUGAUCUUUCACGCAAACGAUCAGCAAGAGGCGAACGUCGCUUCUAAUAUUAAGAAGAAGAAUGAAGCAAAGAAGAACGAUCCAGAACUGAUCUUACACGCAAACAAUGAGCAAGAUGACGCCAGCGAGAGGAAGAUCAAGAAACGUGCCAUCCACGGAAGGCUGAUCUAUGGGAUGUACGACAGGUUCAAAGACAAACCUGCAAAAAAAUACCAGAAAUGGUGGACCAAGGUGCACUAUGACCUGGUCCCUUUGGAGUCAGUCUUCACUGAGGACGAGCUUCAUCUCUAUGCAAAAGAACUGCACGAGGAGCGUCAGAACAUGUACUUCGGUGUCUUCCGACGAAAUAAGGAGAGACCUUCAGCCGAGGCUCCAGACUGGGUAGUCGCCAUCCGGGGAACUAAGCUCUCGGCUUGGGCGGAUCUCCAAAACGAUCUUGGCAUCGUUCUGGAGACACUGAACUCUUCAACACUGAUCGCACUUCUGUACUAUGUGGUCUGGCGUCUCUGUGCGCAACAUGGGUACUGCAACGUGAACGUGACCGGUCAUUCACUCGGGGCCGCAGCGGGCUUGAUGGUCUGUCGAAGGCUGGCACUCGAAGGCUGUCUGGUCGAGGGUCACUUCUUCAAUCCUCCGUUCACCACUCUGGAAUCGCUGGCGCGCAGCUGUGCACAUUUUGUGGAACGUGUUAUUAUAGAUGCAUUGCCUGAAAGGGUUGGACACUUCUAUGACCUUGCUAAGAGCACUGGUAAAUCGUUAUACCAUGAAGUGGCUGGCACCGACACCGAAAACGCCACCAGGAGAAAACAAGCAUUAGCCGAGUUCAAGACACUGGCCAAAGCCAAUUGGUCUCCGUAUCUCUAUGUGAACAAACAUGACUUCAUCUGCUGUGAGUUUCUCCAACACUUCACGAAUGGACCCGUCGGUGAGGAUCCGAAGAAGUGGUACUCUUCCUUCACCGAGUUAAGCAAGAAGUUUCUGGGAGAGAAGUUUCGGAGAGAGACGGAGACGUUCCAUCUGUUUCCUUCUGCACAUUUGGUUAUGAUUGAGACACACUUGUUCCGGCCCGUUUCAGCACACAAGUUGUGGAACUGGAUCGAUCCACAUCUCUCAUAUAAAUUCAAGCACGCCAAACUCAUCCAAUGACCUUACCUAGAAGGGCAUUGGACGAAAGCCCGAAACUGUUGGACCUUGCCAAGCUAAGAGUACCGCAGCCUCAGCACGAUCCAUGUUCCACUGUUUUUUGCACUGCGUUCCGAGUUUCGACGCAGACGCGAGCGCUGCCGAAGCCUCCGAUCAAGUAAUUUCUCAUGAGCUCGCCAGUUCAACGGAAGAGCAACGGGGGAGAAUAUUACGGAUUUGAAAAAAGGCUACCUAUCCUCUAUCGUAAAUGCUACGAUAUGUAAAAUAUGUAAAUAUGUAAAUUCUAAAUUCUAAAUUCUAAAUACCUUGCGUGUGU